AUGGCUAAAGGAGCAGUUUACAGGCCAGUCGACGAGGUCGAUCUCGGCCCCGACAGCGACGAGCCUUAUGUCCACGCAAAAGCCGAACAAUUUUCUCGAAUGGCCGGUCGAAAGAUGAUGAUGAUGACUUGGCUGUUGGAGGCCCCUUUCAUCGGAGCCAUAUUACUCUUCUUUCUCAAGAAGAUCAAUCGAAUACCCGAGAUGAUUUCAUUGGCAGAGCUUCAAGAAGAUCCUGUCUUUGUGCCCCUGCAUCCAUAUCGAGGGAUUCCUGAUAGGGACGCGAAAUGUCUAGAACCGGACAUGUCGCCACCGGACAAAGUUCAAGAGGCCGUCGACUGUCUUAAAUCACCUGAAGUACUCGUCUCCGAGAGGUCGCAGCUCGAUUUCCGGCGCUGGACGAUAUUGGACUAUGCAAGAGCUUAUACCUCAGGAAGAAUAACUCCUGAAAUGGUAGCGCGUCGAUUUUUAGCAUUCCUCGGCGAGUCAUCAUCGGAGAGUCUCCGGAUGUCGUUUUUCAUCAGCAUUGACGAGGAAGACAUUCGAAAGCAAGCAAUGGAAUCAUCUGCUCGAUAUCAGAAAGGACAACCAUUAUCAGUUCUUGAUGGUGUUCCCAUAGCCAUUAAAGAUGAAAUAGACUGUUUACCAUAUCCAACAACAGGAGGAACGACGUGGAUGCACAAAGUAAGACACUGUAAGAAUGACGCGUGCUGCGUUAGUCGCCUCCGGUCGUGUGGCGCUGUAAUAGUCGGCAAAACAAAUAUGCACGAGCCCGGCGCAGGAAUCAGCGGGAUAAAUCCUCACUACGGGGCUGUUCGAAAUCCCUACGAUAUAAGCAAAGUUACGGGAGGUUCUUCGAGCGGAUCUGCUGCUGUCGUAGCUGCUGGAUUGUGUCCCGUCGCACUUGGCGUAGAUGGCGCCGGCUCUGUAAGAGUGCCUGCAGCUCUUUGCGGCGUCAUUGGCUUGAAGCCGACUUUUGCGCGCAUUCCAACCAAAGGAGUUCUUCCUCUAAGCUAUACGGUUGCGAUGGUUGGAAUUCUUGCGGCGACAGUCGAGGAUGCACUCAUCGUUUAUGCAGCUAUAAGCGGCGAGGCUUCGCCUGAUUGCGUCGGCGCCACCGUGCCGAAAAUAGGAUUGCCGCUGCUGAAAUCUGCGAACCACAAGUCUUUCGACAUCAAAAUGGCGAAGUACACGAAGUGGUUUGAUGACUGCAGCGACGACAUUAGACUGUGCUGCUCCAAUGCCGUCGAAAAACUAGCGCGCACAUACGGCUGGAAGGUUGUAGAGGCGACUAUACCGGAUAUAGAGGCGAUGCGGUUGUCCCAUAUUAUAACAAUCGGAUCCGAGUGUUACAAUUAUUUGGCUGCCCACCUCCCCGAGUACAAGGCCGAGAUGGGAUGGGACAGCCGGAUGGCUCUCGCGAUAUACGGUUCUUACAGCAAUCAUGAGUACAUAAAUGCACAGAGAAUAAGGAAUCGCCAGCUGGAAUUCCACAAGAAGAUAUUGUCCGAAGUAGACAUCAUCGUUGCUCCAACUGUCGGGGCGACUGCAUACACAAUACAGGACGAUGCUGUCGAAACAGGAGAACUGGACAACCAAAAUGGAGUCGCAUUUGUUCGUUACCAAGCAGCCGGAAACUUCUUGGGAUUGCCUGCAGUCACUGUGCCUGUUGGAUACGACCGAUCGGGUCUGCCUAUCGGCCUCCAGUUCGUUGGUAAGCCGUGGUCGGAAUCGCUGUUGAUUCACGUUGCAUCGGCUCUUCAGGAGAUAUGCAUGUCGGGAUACAAGAAGCCAGAGGUGUUCUACGACAUGCUUGGAAAAUAG